AUGAGAAGAAACGAAAUAAAUCUUAUUAAUUAUUAAUUAUUAAUUUUAAGAUUAAAAUGGAAAUGUUUAAAUGCUAAUUUAAAAUACUUAUAUAUAGGUUUCGCAUUAAACAGGUUAAAUAAAUAUUAAGAAGCUAUUGAGUGCUACGACAAAGCUAUUUCUAUAAAUUCUAAAAAUGAUAAUGCAUUUUGUAAUAAAGGUAAAAUAUAUUUAAAAUCAGGUCUUACUCUACACAAUUUAAAACAAUACUCUAACGCAUUAGUGUGCUAUAAUUAAGCUCUUUCAAUUUCAAUUGAUCCUAUUCGAUUAAAACUCAAAGGUUUAAUUCUUUAUUAAUUUAAGCUGAUUCACUAUUUUAAUUAGGAAUGAAAUUAGAAGCUAAAGAGACUUAUUUAGCUGCUUUGCAAUAAGGAUCAACGGAAUAAGAAUAUAUAAAGAAAUAAUUAUAAAAGUUAUGA